AUGCUGUCGCUUGACGGCACAACAGUGUCAGACAUGAUGUGGCCGCGUUCUGUCCGCACCUGUUCGGUCUUAAGGAUCAUACCCUUUGCUUCUGUCACGUUGCCGCGUGUGUAUGACGGUAUUCAUAUCGACUGGUCCAAUUCUGCAAUUGAUGUAAAUUGGUCUACCCGUGUGGACACAGCAGCCGAUAACAAGAUUGGCUCAUUCUCUCCCCUCUCUGGCGACAUUGCCGGAGGAGCUCUGACUCAACCGAUCCUCUCCAUCAACGGAAUGCCUAGAAGGCCAGCGCAGACAAGCGCGAGCGCAAGCAUGGAGUCGCCAGACAGCUCACCGCUCAUACCCUCCCAUGCUACCUUCAACGGCAGCAACAUCGCAAGCAGCAGCAAGACGCGGCAUGUCGAUCUCAUUCUAGAGCGCAACUCUCCCUUUGCAGCAGAGGACAGCUUUACGCCUGGUCAGACAGUCAAAGAUUUCUUACGCACGAGCUGCAAGAUCCUCGUCAUUGGGGCCGGCGGACUGGGAUGCGAGAUCCUUGCCAACUUGGCUCUGCUCGGCUUCUCGGACAUCCAUGUGAUCGAUAUGGACACUAUCGACGUUAGCAAUCUCAACCGACAGUUCCUCUUCAGGUCAAAAGAUGUCGGACGCCCCAAGGCGCUCGUCGCGGCCGAGUUCAUCAUGUGUCGCGUGCCCGGCGUCCGGGUGACACCAUAUUUUGGCAAGAUCCAAGACAAGGACGAAGAAUACUACAACCAGUUCAACAUCGUCAUUUGCGGUCUCGACUCGGUCGAAGCGCGUCGCUGGAUGAAUGCCACCCUCGUUCAGAUGGUCGAUCCGGAGAACCCGGAAACGCUCAAGCCGAUGAUCGACGGCGGCACAGAGGGUUUCAAAGGGCAAUCUCGUGUCAUUCUACCCGGCUUCACGUCCUGCUACGAAUGUUCUCUCGAUCUCAUUACGCCCGCCACGACCUUUCCCAUCUGUACCAUCGCUCAGACGCCCCGCCUACCGGAGCACUGCAUAGAAUGGGCCAGUGUACUCGAAUGGCCAAAAGUCUUCAAAGACAAGAAGCUCGACAAUGACGACCCCGAUCAUAUCCAGUGGCUAUACGAUCAGGCAUCUGCUCGAGCUGCCCACUUCAACAUCGAGGGCGUUACUUGGAGCUUGACCCAAGGCGUCGUCAAGAACAUCAUACCCGCUAUUGCUUCGACCAAUGCCAUCAUUGCCGCUUCUUGCUGUAAUGAGGCCUUCAAGAUCGCUACAAGCUCAGCAUCCUACCUGGACAAUUACAUGAUGUAUGCCGGCAAUGAUUCGGUGUAUACAUAUACGUUCAGCUUGGAAAAGAAAGCGCAUUGCCCGGUGUGUGGCGAUGAGACGCAAGAAGUCAGCUUGAGCGGUGCAUGGACGCUCGAGAGACUCAUCGAAUAUCUCAAGACAAGCGAAAAUUUUCAAAUGAAGAACCCUUCCCUGUCACUGGGCUCAAAAAGCCUCUACCUCCAAGCGCCGCCGCAAUUAGAGAGAGUAACACGGCCAAAUCUGGAGAAGACGUUGGCCGAGCUCAAUCUACACGACGCAGAUAUAUCAGUGACAGAUGCUCGGCUGCCGUUCAAUCUCAAUCUGCGCAUAACGUUGACAUAG